AUGAGCGCGCCAAUGUUCUCGCUUCAAGGCCAGACGGCCGUCGUCACCGGCUGCACCCGUGGCAUUGGCCAAGCCGUAGCCAUUGGUCUCGCCGAAGCUGGUGCCGACGUCAUUCUCGUGCAGAGAGACACCGGCGUCACAGCCACGAAAGAAGCAGUUGAACAGUUGGGCCGCAAGGCGUGGAUCUACACGGCGGACAUGGCGGACCAAGAAUCCGUCAAGGCGCUCACGCCCAAGAUUCUAGCUGACGGGCAUGAGGUUCGAAUUCUGGUCACCUGUGCCGGUAUCCAGCGAAGACAUCCAUGCGAAGAGUUCCCCGACAGCGACUUCAACGAGGUCAUGCAAGUGAACCUCAAUGCCGUCUUCACACUCUGCCGAGACUUUGGCGCACACAUGCUCCAUCUCGAACCAUCACCAGCCACCGGCCGCCGUGGCAGCAUCAUCAACUUUGCCUCGCUGCUCACCUUCCAAGGCGGCCUCACCGUGCCCGCGUACGCAGCGUCCAAAGGCGCAGUCGGCCAAGUCACAAAGAGCUUCGCAAACGAAUGGACGUCAAAGGGCAUCACGGUCAACGCCAUCGCCCCGGGAUACAUUGAGACGGACAUGAACACAGCGCUGCUGAACAACCCCGAGCGACUGGCGAGUAUCAGCGCCCGCAUUCCCGCCGGCAGAUGGGGCAGUCCGGAGGAUUUCAAAGGAACGACAGUGUACCUUGCCAGUCGGGCGAGUGCGUACGUGAGUGGCCAUACAUUGGUCGUCGACGGCGGUUGGAUGGGCCGGUAA